CUAAUCAUUAUGAUGAAAGAAAAAAUCUUUAUGUAGCCAGUGUUUUUAUUCAAAAUUAUUGCUAUUCUCUUUCAUCGAUCAUUUCGAAAAUAAUUGGUGAUAGAGUUGGCGCCUACAGAUUUUUUUUUGUUUGUUUGUUCAUCGAUUAACUAAAAAUUGAUCCAUUUUUUCUUUGUUUUGUUUUCAUUUGUUAUACUUUUUUAAAUAUUUGAUUUAGUGUAAUUACGGGUGUGCAAGUGAGAGAGAGUGUGUGAGUGUGUGUGUGUGUGAAGCUUGAAUGACGAAACGACAGCAAUGUCUAUACAUCGGAAAUUAUCGAUGAUUAUUAUGUCGGUAAUUAUAAUUUUACCGCAAUCAUCAAAAUCGGCCGUCUGCCCACCUCGUGAUCUAAUAAUACCAUGUAAAUGUGCCAAUUAUUUUAAUCUUAUUGAAUGUACAAACAUUACAUCCGAUUUUGAUUUGAAAAAAAUAUUCAUCAAUCUAAAAAAUGAAUUAGAUAAACAACAUGCAAGACCUGUAUAUGAUGAAUUUAAAUUGGUUCAAACACAAUUGGAACAUAUUGGAUCGAUUGAUGACAUUUUUUCGGGUGUUUCAUUUCGACGUAUUUCAUUAUCGCGAAACAAUAGAUUAAAACGUAUUGAACCGAAUGCAUUUAAUUCAUCACAUAAUGUUACAACGGAAAUUAUGAUUGAAGAUAAUGAAUUAUUAGGCUCAAAUCAUAAUGAUAAUAUUGGAUUAUUCGAUGCAAUUAGUAGAUUUGUUGCACUCAAUACAUUACAUUUGACCGAUAAUGGUAUACGAUUUAUACCAAAAUAUGCAUUUAAUCGUUCACAGCCAGCAUUACGACAAUUAUUUCUAACUGAUAAUCGAAUUGAACGUAUUGAAGAUUAUGCCUUCAUCGGUUUGAAUGCCAUAGAAUUGAUCAAUUUAGAUGGCAAUCAUCUGAAUAAAUUAUCAUUACAUUCAUUAGAGAUUAAAAAUACAACGCAAAGUUUGUUACGUAUAUUUUUACGUAGCAAUAAAUUACAAACAAAUGCAUUUCCACCUGGCAUAUUCAGCUAUCUACGACGACGAAUUUAUUUGAAUAUGAAUAUUAAUAAUUUGUCUCAAAUUUCACAAAAUGUAUUUCAAAGUUUUUUCAAACGACGUUCAAUAUUAUCGGUGUCAAAGAAUCCGCUCAAAUGUGACUGUGAUUUUAAAUGGCUAUUGGAUCAAAAUAUUGUUUAUAAUUCAUCAAAUCCAAAUGGUGAUUAUCUUUUACGCGAUUAUCAAUGCACUUCGGAUAAUGAUAAUCAUGAUCGAAUCAUUAAUGGAAUGAAUCUAGAUGAUUUUGAUCAUUGUCCUGAAUCACCAAUAACACAAACAUUGAAACAAUGUUUUUCUCAAGCUUCAGAUGAGGAACAGGAAUUAUUCUGUUUAAAUCGUAAUGUAAAUGAUCGCCAUCUAGGUCACACCAUUCUUGUCAUUACAUUUUUUUUCAUUUGUUUUCAAAAAUUAUUGGUUUUCUUUUGA